AACAAGUAGAGCAAUUUGGUUCGGGUUUAUCCUGAAGAACGUGCGGCUGCGACUGGUGUUUGGAAUUGCCUCGACUUCCUCCUGUUUCUCACUCUGGCUAGCGUCUCACUCUAGUCCUCACUCCCAUCCCAUCCCCUCCCGGCCUUCUUUCCAUCUGUGUAUCACCGAGCGUGAUAAUGCGAUCUAUGCCUAACACCGGCGGCUAGAAACCUCAGGAUUCCAGGUGAGAAUGGCUGAUAUUCAAUUAGGCUGCCACACUGUGAGGUCCCAUGGUGCCAAACUGGCAAGACUCCACAUGUACGACUGGAUAAUACUACUCUUACUUGCUGUUCUUGAUGGACUGUUAAACAUAAUUGAGCCUUUUCACCGGUUUGUUGGACGCGACAUGAUGACAGACUUGAGUUAUCCCCUAAAGGGCAAUACUAUUCCAUUUUGGGCUGUUCCACUCGUUGCGAUUCUGCUACCCUGGGCCAUCUUUGUUGGAAUUUACUUCAAAAAGAAAAAUGUCUAUGAUUUACACCAUGGCAUCCUUGGCAUUCUAUAUUCGGUGCUUAUAACUGCUGUGAUUACUGAUGCAAUUAAAGAUGGUGUUGGUCGCCCUCGCCCAGAUUUCUUCUGGCGCUGUUUCCCUGAUGGAAAACCUAAUUAUGAUAAUAUAACUACUGAUGUCAUAUGCCAUGGAGAAAAAAGCAUCAUCAAGGAAGGUCACAAAAGUUUCCCAAGCGGGCAUUCAUCAUGGUCUUUUGCUGGUCUAGGUUUUCUUACAUGGUACUUAGCUGGGAAGCUUGCAGCUUUUGAUCGCAAGGGUCAUAUUGCAAAAUUAUGCAUGGUGUUUCUGCCUCUACUUGUUGCAUCACUUGUGGCAGUUUCUCGAGUUGAUGAUUACUGGCAUCAUUGGCAAGACGUAUUUGCAGGCAGCGUCAUAGGUCUUACUGUUUCUUCCUUUUGUUACCUGCAGUUUUUCCCAUAUCCGUUUGAUGCUGAUGGUAUAUGGCCUCAUGCGUAUUUCCAACAGCUAGCUGAGACUCAAAGCAACGGCAUUGCAAACUCAUAUGACACGAGACCAACAGCAAUUGAACCCAUUGAUGAAGGCUAUGACGCCAUUGCUCUGAGAGAUAGCAGCCUCAUCUUAGACACCAUGGAGUCUGGCGGGAGAUAAUAAAAUAUGUGAUGGCGCCAAGUAUUCCAAGCUGCCUAUUCUCCUGUCUUUGAAUCCUGACAGCAAGACUAGCUGUGUGAAGUAGAGUUGUCUCUGCAACCUUCGUGUGAUUGCUGUCAUUCACAGUUUCUUGUCAAUGGCCACUUCCCAUUUUUAUUCUGACAUAACUUGUUGCGAAUGUGUUGCUGUGAAUUACAUGGUGCAAGCUUUGCAUCUUUCAAUAAUUCUAUGUAUAGGUUGAGUUCGGAUUAUUCGUAUAGGCUAGUGAAUGUUUGACUUA